AUGGAAUCGGGUACCGGUGUCCCCUACGGCGACUUGUGGAUACAUGAAUUGCGCCAAGGCACAGUAGAUGCCUUUGUUGCUUUCCUGUUGACGCAAGUUCCUAAUCUGAGGUACCUAUAUCUGGAUAACUUUACUCGACAAAGUGCACUUCUUGGCAUGCUUCUGCGGUCAGCCAUCUGCGAACAUGUAAAUUAUCAGCUUCCCGACUUCCAGCAUCUUCGAGAUGUAUAUUUCCUCCUUGCAGACCGCGCAGACAGAGAACCAGAUGAAACAGUAAUGAAUGCAGCAGACAUCUUGCCGUUCUUCUACCUACCAAGUCUGCAAAAGAUUUCAGCCUCGAUUGAGAAUCCCGUUUCAUUCACGUGGCCUGCGGCGCAUCCACCUGUCCCAUCAAACUUCAAGUCUCUUGACCUAACCUGUGAUCAGGGAGUAUAUCUUGAAGUCCUUGAUCUUGACCGAUUUACCGCUGCGAUAUCGCAUGUUAGAGAUACGCUGAUGGAAUUGACCGUCUCAGCCCAUGCAUCUCGUUGUGGUGUCGCUUUCUCUUAUCCUGCCGUGAAUAUUGUUGGUUCCUUGCAUCAAAUGGUCAAAUUUGAGAUGCUUAGGAGACUUGAAAUUCCGUGGCCGCUGCUGGUGGGCUUCGUUCCAGACACAACAAAGCGAUUGCACGAUGUGAUCCCAAGCAACAUUGAGUCACUGGUGCUUACCGACGACUUGAGACUGCACAAUAUUCGCCUGUAUGGGAGUGGACUCAUUCGACUAUUCUAG